UUUACUACCCAAUAUUAUUGUCAUAUGGACAAAAAUCCGCCAAUUACAUCGUGUUAGACUCUGCGUAGCAGCAGAUCAUUUCCUCCCACAGCAUCUCUCAAAUAACAACAAACGAACUGCUACAUGCUAUAAUGCGCAGCAGGUGCUUUUCCCAUACCCCUCCUUCUUCCUCCAACACUCCCUAAACCCACUCAACCCCAUUAAUCUAAAACCUCUAACUAUGUCCCACUCCCUCUCUCUCCUCCUCCUCAUCUCCGUCGUCUCCACCGCCUCCGCCACUACAAUUGGCGUAACCUACGUACCAGCUCCAUCUCAACCACCACCGGAAGAAGUCGCCAGUACACUCAGAUCUCUAAAAAUCACCGCCGUCCGCCUCCCUGUCGCUGAACCUUCUGUAAUCCGAGCCUUCUUCUACACUAACAUAUCCCUCUUCCUUUCCAUUCCAAACUCUCUCAUCCAUUCCAUAUCAACCAAUCGCUCCACCGCCUCCCUCUGGCUCUACAACCACGUCGUCCCUUUCUAUCCACGCGCUCUCAUUACUGCCAUCUCCGUCGGGACUAACGUCCUAGCUGACGGAAACGCUUCCUCCGCAGAUGUUCUCCUCCGCGCCGUACGUAACGUCCAUCAAUCACUUGUGGAUCUCGGGAUACGGAAAAUCACUGUCUCAACGACUUUCUCGUUUGUUAACAUCAUGAUGACGUCGUUUCCUCCUUCCUCAGCUGAAUUUGAAGAACCGACUAACAAUGUCAUCCUUAAACCCUUGCUCCAGUUUCUAAGUGAAACGAAUUCGUCAUUCUUCGUGAAUUUAUACCCUUACUUCGUAUACAAAUUGCGACCUGAGAUCCCAAUCGGUUUUGCUCUGUUUCAAGAAGAGACUUAUAACUUCAGAGACGAUGCCAUCACCGGCGUUAGGUACCGGAAUUUGUUUGAUCUUAUGGUGGAUGCUGUUAUCGCUGCAUUAACCAUCUCUGGACACGAGAAUAUUCCGGUGGUAGUGACGGAGACAGGGUGGCCGAGCUGUGAUUCAGCAAAUGACGUAGAAGCACGUCCAAUAUACGCUGAAAUGUACCUACGUGGUUUGGUUUAUCAUCUCCAAUCUGGUAGAGGUACACCAUUGAGGAAAGAAGGAGUAGCUGAAGCUUACAUUUAUGAGGUAUUCGAUACAAACACUACAUUCUCAAACCUUCCAGCUAUGAGAGUUGGGACAGGACAGAAUUGGGGUUUUUUGCAUCCCAACAUGUCAAUGAAAUUUGAAAUUGAUUUCUCUGGAUGUUUCUCCACCACUAUUGGAGCACUAACAGAGAUCACUGUUCUUGGAUUCCUAUUACUGGUAAGUGCUUUAUUGCAGUUCUAGUGGUUUGUUGAUAUGCUUUAUUAUUUUAAUGACACGAUUAGAUUACUGUAGACAUGGUUGAUUAGGGGUACACCAUUCAUAAUCUCUGUUGUUGACCGAGGUGAUUAGUGGAUUACUGAUUUGAUUAGGUAAAUAUAUUUGGGAGGGAAGAUUGAUGGUGUCUUAUGAUCGUUAUGUUAGUAUCAAUGAAAGGCAUGAGUAUUACUAUUUUAUUGUUCUUGUAAAUGAUGGUAGCCAUAGUAGUUUAACUUUUCUUCCCAGAUUAAAUAGCAACUUGUUUAAUAAAGCAGAUACAGCAGAUGCUAAAAAUGGAUUUAGUAGAUAUUCUUCUUGAUAUAAGUCCAAUAAUAAGCUUGUUGUAUCUAAAAC